AUGUUGAGAUACCAUGAAUCAGACAGAUUAUCCCAACUUUCUUAACCAACAAAGAGAUCUUAGAAGUUUACUUAGAAUUAAUCAUUAAUGGUGAUGUCAAGGUAAUUAGAAUUUAGAAAGUAGACUGUGUGAUAAUCAUUUUGAUAAGGAAAUACAUGAGAAACCGUGGAUUUCUUUAGGAAUAUUCCGUUAUGAGUACUUAUACAAAUGUUAUUAAGUGUAGUCGGAUGAUUAAGUACGAACACUCAGAUGCUGGAUUGUCGUACACGAAUGUGAAGAUUAAGAAGUUACGAACAUUUUAAGAGUUAUGGGAGAAGAAUGAAGAGAUUCACAAUAAGAGUGAGUAACAUCAAGGCUUUAGAGAAUUUAGAGAAUUCAAAGAUAUUUCAGAAGAAGAUGUUAUUGUUACAAUUGAAUAUUGGUAACAGAGUAAAUUAAUUGCAGUACUAAUUGUCAUGAACAUUUGGGAUCUACAAAACAUGACGAAGCACGUUAUCUAUCAUAUGCCUAAGCCCUUAAGAAUGAGAUUAUCUAACGAUUUCCAAUUGUUAAAGUGAUUCUUAAGCCAUUAAUAUAUGAUCAUUUUGAUCAUAGUAUAGACACCAUGUUUUUAUAGCGUCGUUUAGGUAUUCUCUAUAUAGAAAAUAACUUUAAGGAUGUUUUGAAGUUUAAGUGAUGUCUAAAUAAAAAGGAUAAAUCAAAUAAGCUGUAAUUGGAUCCAAACUUAAUACUAAAGCAUGGCCAUAGACAUCAGUGAUUAUUAAUAAGUUGCCUUAAUAUUUUAAGAAGGUUUCAUUCAAUAUAGAUUUGAAAUUUGCUGAUUCUGAUUAGAAAUUAAAAAAUAUUGAUGUCAAAAUACAACCUUAUAGACCUGUUCAAUCACGAUCUUAAAACAUUAUGUGUAAUAAAUAAAUUCUAUAUUUUAAUAUAGUAAUAACAUCUAGAUCUAAUAGAAUGUUAAGACCAUAAAGUGCUUAAACUAGACCAAAGUCAGCUUAUUCUAAUAUAUCUGGAUAAUCACAAAGAAGUUUGAAAGAGGCAGAAGAGAAUCACUCUUAUAAAAUAGAACGAACAAAUUAAGAUGGUAGAAUUUCUUUAAAAAAUGUACCUCUGGAUGUUUAUGAAGUAAUUAUUGAAGAAACAAAUGAUUUUCUUAGUAAAACUCAUGUAAUAUUGAAAAUUUAAUAGUUAAUAGUUAAUUAAUUUGUUUUAAUUAAACAAUGAGGAUUUACCUCUUGAUCAAUUAAUUGAAUUACAAAAACAAACACAUUCUUGUAUUGUAGUUAUAGUACUUUGUCAAUUGGCAGCAGUAACUGAAUGUAAAGUAGAGAUAGUUCCAAUGAAAGGUGGAAAAGAUGCUGUUUUGAAAGAAUCUCCUUUAGGAAGUGGAAAGUAUGAAAUUGUAGUAGAACCUGAUUAAUUUACAAUAUUUGUUAAGAAACCAGGAUAUCUAGUUUAUCAGGAUUAAAUAACUACAAAGGCUGGAGUAUGUGAAUUCAAAUAUGAAUUAAUAAAAGCUAAUACUUAAGAAGAAGGAUAUGAUCCUGUAUAGGAUGCAUUAGAUAAAAAACAUGCAAUAAAACCAUCAAGUGAUUUGAAGAUAAAGAAACCUAAAUAUUUAUAACCUCCAUCUGCUCAUUAAAAUUAAAUAAAUCUUAUUUAAUUUUAAUUUAUAGAUUUGGUAACCAAAUAUCCAGUUCCAAAUGUUUAUAUUAAAGUUCAUGAUGAAUUAAAUAAUAAAUUAUAUAGCUAUCGUUCAAAUGAGAAAGGAAUUUGUAAGGCUUUAUUACAAAAUAAAAGUAUAUUAUAUUAUUUAUUAUAAAUUUAGUUAAUAAAGGUAAAAUCUUUAUUUAACAUGUUGAAUAUUAUGAUUAAAUUAAAGAAAUUAAUGAAUAACAUCCAUUAUCUACAAAUUCAAUUAACAAUUUUCACAUUAUACACAAACCUCAACAAUCUCAAUUAGUAGUCUUACUUGUAAAUAAACCUAAUGAAGGUUUCUUGAAUUUUUAUAUAAUUUUAGAAAGUAAUAUAUAAUCCUUAAUAUUUAUUUAGAUAAAUAAGUAAUACAAACUGAUUAAGACAUUGAAUAAAAUUAAAAUCCAAAAGAUGGUAUACAAUUAAUUAGGUUUUCAAAUCUAUAAAAUAAGAGAGAUAUUUUAUAAUUAGUAGCAUGUCUACCUAAAUUAAGUAUGGAUUCUAUAGAAGAAAUGUAUGUAUUGACUCCAAAUCAUAUAUAAAAAUAUUAAUUACCCCAAUUACCAUAAUAAGAACAUGGUACAUUAUAUCCUUACUUUUGGAUUUUGGGUUCAUUAAAAGAACCAUAUGAAGCAUUUGAUGUGGUUAAUUAAAUUAUCAAUACAUCAUAAUUAAAAACUUAUCCCAAUCUUACUAAAUCUAUUUAAGAUUCUUAAGAAGUUGUAUAAUGUGCAUUUUAAUCACCUAAUUUGAUUGUUGCUGCAAAUAGAAAUGGUAGUAUUUAUGUUUGGAAUUUGGAUAGUUAUUUGGUUGAUUGUACAAUUAAUAGUGUAUUCUCUGAUUUUGUCAAUACAAUUAUUAUUUGGGAUGAUGAUAAUGUCAUUAUCUCUGAUAAUACUGGUUAUAUAGUUUGGUUGAAAAAAGAUGAUGAAACCUAAUAAUUCAUUUUAUAAACUUCACUUAAUAUCAAUAAGAAAACUAAUUCUAUGUGUAAAGUAGGAGCAGAAGGAUUAGCUGUGGGUACUGUUAUUGGAUAAUUGGUUUUAGUCAAAGUAGAUUUUAGACAAUUAUAAUUAUCUAUUGAUUCAAUCAUUGAAGUUGAAUCUUCAACAUAAACUGUUGAUCCUAUCAAUAAGAUGGUUUCAAUUACUAAUGAUUAAAUUGCCAUCUUAUGUGAGAAUAACAAAUCCAUUUUUAUUUAUAAGAUUGAAAAAUCAUUAGAUCAACCUUUGAGUGGAACACUCAUUAAAUAAGUUUAAAUCAAAGGUUAUCUUAGUGGUGGAUAACCAAUAUUAUAGAUUAUUUCUUUGGAUCAACGUUAUUUGAUUUUUGGAGGACUUGAUGGUGUAUUACAUACUUUAGGAAUUGAUUCACUUGAAAGAGGUCCAAAUAUUGGUUUACAUUCUGAUCAAUAAGUUAAUAGUGUUUUAUAAAAUGAGGAUGGAGUAUUAAUUGCUUAAGGUAGUCAUAUUAGUUUUGUACCAUCUCCAGAAACUGUUAAUGAACUUAAAAUUGCUAAUUAAAAAUAUUUUCAAUCUCCAGUUAAAUUAUAUUAAGGAGAAUGUGUAAGUUAUGAAAAAAGAUUACUUACAUUUACUAAUUAAGGUAAGAUGGUUGUUUGGUCAUUAUAAGAUAGAAUCUUUCCAAAUAUUAGUUAAUUUUUGAUGGAUUAAGAAUUUCCACAUAAAUUAAAAUCUAUAGAUAAAAAAUAUCUAUUAGUAGAUGCAAAAAUCUCUAAAGAAAAUUUCUCUAUUUUUUUAAUUAAAGAAAAUGGAGAAAUCAUUAAAGAUUCAACUCAAAUAAUUAAAAUCUAAAGAGAAGAAACUUAUUUCUAUAUGGAAAUUGAUUAAAUAUAAUAAUAAGGAUUAUGGAGAUUAGGAGCAAAUCUAUAGAAUACAGAAUUAAUUAGAUCAAAAUAACCUAAAAUAUACUUUAUAUCUUCAAAUGGAUUUUAAUUAUUAAAUUUUCCUUAAUAAAUUCCUAUUAGUAGAAAAUAACCUUAUUAAUGGUUAAUUGGUACUCUAAUUCCUCAUGUAGAUACAUUAAAAUCUACUUCACUUUAUACUGAUUCUUAAAUUGUUGGUAAAUUUCCAAGUUUAGAAAUGAGUAAACAUGAAGGUAAAAUCAAUCAAAUAGUCUUCCUUAAUAAAGAUGAAUUUAUCACUGCAGGAGAAGAUAAAUAAGUUAUUAUAUGGAAUGCUUAAACAUUUGGAAUCAAUAAGGUAUUAUAUCAUGAAGCUGAAAUUUUGAGUGUUUAUGUACAUAAUGGAAUGUUGUUAGCAGGUAAUAAAGAAGGAACAGUAAUUGGAUGGAAAUAACAUGAUGGUAUUUGGUAAAUGGAUAUCAAAUUCAAACAUCAUGAAAAAGGAGUUUAUUCUAUUUUAUAUGUUGAUGGUAGUAUUGUGACAGCCUCAGAAGAUAGAAAGAUUCAAUUAGUCAAUUUUGUAUCAAGUGCUUUAGAACAUGUAGAACCAGUAGAUAGAACAUUUGUAAUAUCAUUGGUUACUUAUAAUAAAGAUGUAUUUGCAGCUGGAUUCCCUGAUGGAAGAGUCAAAACAUAUAAAAGAGUAAAUUUAAUGUUUUCUAUAUGAUUUUAGGAAAAAACAGGUCCAAAAAUUAUAUUGAAAACUUUAAGAACAGUUGCUACAGUAAAAGUGUAACAUUUGUACAUGAUUAGCAAUAAUCUAUUAUUUGUAGGAGGUAUGGAUAAAGUAAGUGAUCUAAUGAAUGUAGAACAAGGUACAAAAUUAAAGUAAAUUAUUUAAUUAUAUUUAGAACAUUUAAAGAUGGUCAUACAGGAUCAAUUUUAUGUAGUUUUCUAUAUUGUAAACAUCUUAUAACAGGUGGUUCUGAUGGUAGAUUAAGUAUUUGGAAUAUCGAAAAAGGAUUAUUAAUCAAAACAUAUGAAUUAACAAAAGAAGAAAUUAGAGGAAUUUAUAUUAUUGGUAGAUUAUUGAUUACUGCAAGUAAAUAUUAAUAAUAAUCAAAUCUAAAGGUUCCAAUGGGAUGAUAAGAAUUUGGUAAGAGAUUUGUCCAUUUAUUGAGUAGAUACCACCUGAAGAAGAACCAGAAUAAUAAUAAUAAUAAUAGUGA